UAAACGUCAGCGGUUUUUCUGAUUGUGUGUUAUUGAAAACAGAACGGAACAUUUCCCAAGAACACGAAAACAUGAAGAGUCAACCAGAAGAUGACGGAUGUUCUAUAAAACAUAUUGUUGGCGAAGUAACGGCUCAUGGCUGCCGAAAUGUGAUUUCUCCAGUGCGAAGUAAAUUUGUCAGGUUGGUAUGGCUUUUAUGUGUCCUGGGAAUGACAGUGGGUCUGGCCGUCACUUUAUACGAUCUUUUAGAUAAAUAUAGAAAAUAUCACUUUAACACAGCAAUAAAAAUCGAACCAAAAUGUGAACAAGAUUUUCCCACCAUUACUCUGUGUGAUAUGAGUUACACUGACACCCAGAAAUUCAAGCAUCCAUCCGCUGUCUUUGAUUACUUUCUCAAGUAUAGCAGCUACAGAGAUAGAGUUCGUGUCAAUGAAUCAGCCACAGAGCAUAUUCGUCUCGGAAAAUUUACCAUCGACAGAUUUCAUGAUAUCGCCAAUAUUUCGACUAAGGAUGUCAUAAAAUCCUGCUUUUGGAAAAACAAGUUUAUUCCAUGUGAAGUUAUAUGGAAACCGGUCUUCACGGAUAUGGGAACAUGUUUUGUAUUUAAUCACGAUAUAGGAAGACUUCGAAAAACGGACGCAACUGGUAUAACCGGUGGAAUAAAUUUUAUUGCAGCGAUCAACCAAAAAGGCUACAUACUCACAGAUUCAUCAGCUGCAGGUUUAAAGAUGGCCAUCCAUGAUCCUCAUGAACACCCGCAUCCUGGUAAUAAUGGUAUAGCUAUUGCUCCUGGUGAAGCAACUCUCAUCGGAAUUCGUAAAACAUCGUACAAGUUUUUACCCGCACCUUACAAGGCUUUCGGUUUUGCUUAUUGCAUAGCUAAUGAUGACCCGUCUUUGAUAUCUAAGAUGAGAUAUUCGUCUGUUUACAACAGAGAAAAAUGUAUCAGGGAAUGUCUAGGGGAGUUAACCGUAAAAAACUGCAGUUGUAAAUCAGUCACUGAACCAGAGACUUUGGAAUUCCCGUACUGCACAUUGAACGAGUUCAUGAAUUGUUACCGGAUAACGUUAGAAUAUUACUAUGGUUUCAAUCGAUCAGAUGUUUUUUGUGAUUGUCCAAGGGUUUGUUCCUUUAAUAAGUACGAAACCCGUAUAUCAACAGCCAAGUUUCCCUCGAAACCCGCAAUGGAUGUCUUAGUCCAGUCCAGUAUAGUUAAUAAUGCCACUGACGCCCAAGCCGAGUUUCUAGAUGUUACUGUAUUCUAUGAAGAUAUGGUAUUGACGGAGAAUAGCCAUAUUCCUGAAUACACCUGGAAUUCAAUAAUGGGUACGUUGGGAGGUCAGAUGGGUUUAUUUCUAGGAGCUAGUUUUAUAACUUUAGCAGAAUUUAUUGAGAUUUUACUGUUGUCAGUGUGGAGGAGUUUUAAGAAGAUUCGGUGCUGCUGGUCCCUUAAUAUCUAUAAACAACCUAAUACAGUGAAUGUGCAACCAGCAACAUCGACGAGGGUGCAAAGUUGAAUGGGCAAAUAAUGAUAAAAUAAUCAAGGGGGGGU